AUGAGCAUCGCAGAGAGAGCCCCGUCGUCGGCCGCAGAGGCCGCGGCGCAGCCCGCCAAGCGCUUCCAGAACCGCAUCAGAAGGGGCCAGAAGCUCGACGAAGUGAGGCAGGCAGAGGAAGCACAGGCGGCCGCAUCGUCCUCGUCCUCGAGCCCAUCCGCCUCCAAGGCGCACCCGCACCCCUCCGCGUCCUCGUCCGCCCCCUCCAACUCGACCCUCGCCGCCAUCGACAGCCCCUUCCAGCUGCAAGAGUACCUCGCCCUCCUCGUGCGCCGCGACCCCCACGACGUCGAGAGGAUCGUCGCGCUGCCGCCCGACUCGGAGCUCGACCCGGGCUCCUCUGGGCUCUCGUCGCCCCGCCACAAGUCUGGCCCUUCGUCGGCCUCGUCGCUCUCUUCCGACGACGACGGCGCCCUACAGCCCGUCGACCCGGACGUCUGGGUCUACGAGCAGCUCCGCAGGCUGGUGCUCGACCUCUCGACGCCCUGGAUCACGUCGCUCCAGCACGAGUGCGACAAGCACGCCAACCCGCAGAGCUGCGCCGCCAUGAACGCAGGGGACUGGAUGUUCCUCUGCGCAUCGCACGGCGAGGAAAAGCAGUGCUGCGCCAUCGACUACAUGGUCCACACCCUCGACGGCGCCACCUCGCUCCUCAACUCGGCGCGCCACUUCCCCAGCCGCACCUACGUCCCCAGCACCAGCCUACGCCACUUUGGCGCCAUCACGCGCCGCCUCAGCAGGAUCUUUGUCCACGCCUGGUGCUACCACCGAGACACUUUCGAUGCUUGCGAGGCCGAGACGUCGCUGUAUUCGCGCUUCUAUCACCUCGUCGAGACCUACGACCUCUCGUCGACCGACAACCUCCCGCCUCGCAAUGUGGCGGGCUCUAGCAAGGCCGCCAGGCGCGGCGUCGUGCUCGAAGAGGAGGAAGAGGUCGACGUGCCCCGCCGCUCGCUCCCGAGCCCGACGAAGCUGACCAACGGCAAAAAGAGCCUAAAGUCGCCCAACCUGGCGCGCAAGGGCAAGAGCCCGCGCAGCCUCGCCCACCUCAAGGCGCUCGGGUCGGCCCCGCCCUCGGCUUCCGCCGGCACUCACGACGAGCCGAAGGACGGCGACGACCUGGGCCUGAUCCCACCACCCGCUCCCAGCCCUAGGCCUGCGGCGAUCCUGCAGCGGCCCGACCUCGACGACGAAGAGCACCGGCCGUCGUGGUCGACGAUGGCAGAUGGCGACGGCGACGGGGCCUCUGACCUGCAGAGGAGGGACUCGGCUGCCAGCGCCAAGACGGCCAUUUUCAUUGGCGACGACGACGUCGACGCCGGCUCCAAGGACGCGCAGCAGGCGGACGACGCCCACGCCCAAGCCGAAGCCAACGGCGAUGCUACGGCUGCGGAGGCGGCAGCAGCCCCGGCGAGCGACGCGGGCAGUGCCGAUGCAGCGUCGAUGGAGCAAGCCGGACAGGGCGAGGGCCAGGGCGAGGGCCAGGGCGAGGGUGACGAGGCCUCUGCCAUCGAGAGCGCGUCCGACGCGGCGGCGGACGAGGCGCCAAAGCAUGAGGGCGCAGCCUAA